UCCUCCUGUUCCCGUGUGUGUGAAGCUGAAGCUGCCGGUAUGUUGGUGCUGGUGCUCAGCUGGCUCUGCCUGCCCGCCGUAGCCUCCGUCAGCGGCGGGAAGCUGCCUGAAGCCGAGGUAAAGACCGAGGUCCUGCACAGACCCUUCAUCUGUCACCGGAAGUCCAAAUACGGAGACAUGUUACUGGUGCAUCACGACGGCUUCUUUGAAAACGGGACCAUAUUUUACACCAGUCGAAGUCAAGGUGCUGGUGACAAGGACGCCAUGUGGUUCACACUGGGCAUCCGACAAGUAAUCAAAGGCUGGGAUGUGGGCCUGCAGAAUAUGUGUGCUGGAGAGAAGAGGAGGCUGGUGAUCCCUCCAUCUCUGGCCUAUGGGAAAGAAGGGAAAGGUAAGAUCCCACCUGAGAGCACACUGACCUUCAUCGUUGAGCUGCUUGAAAUCAGAAAUGGUCCAAGGUCACACGAGUCCUUCCAGGAGAUGGACCUCAACGAUGACUGGAGGCUGUCCAAAGACGAGGUGAAAGAGUACCUGCGGAAGGAGUACGAGCGCUACGGCUACCCUCCUAACGACACGCUACACGAGAGCGUGGCUGAGGACAUUUUUGACAAAGAGGACAAGAACAAGGACGGCUUCAUAUCUUCCAGGGAGUUCACGUACAAACACGAUGAGCUGUGAAGUCACGAUUAACGCUACAGGGAAGCCUGUUUGGGCUAAAGCUGCUUUUAUGUGAGCUUUGUGUCAGCCUCUGUUUCCCAAACUAAGACCCGUUUUGUUUUCACCUUUGAAGAAAAUUGGUGAUCCAGACUGACCUGUCUUGGUUUCUUCUCCCAUUAAAAACACACCUUCCUUUGUGAAAUGAGACGACGUGCACCAUUUUUACAAGUUGUGGACAAAGAUAAAGAUGAGUAAAUAAAACUGAUGUUUUAUUCA